GCGAGAUUGAAGACAUGUGCUGAGCAUUGGCUGGCUGGCUGUGUAGUUAGAUAAAAACGUUAUCUAGCUAGCUAGCUGGUUUGUUUAGCGGGGAGAUAAUUAUAUUGUGGGUCUGUAUUUGAUGGUGUUAGGGCGAUCUUGCUGGCAACAACGCUCGUCUUAAUCCCAAUAAGAGUGCGGUAUGACGAUGGCCGUCACGCGCACGGAGGUUUUGUCUUUGUACCGGCGCGUGCUCCGUGUCGUGCGCAGCUGGCAAGCUCAGUCUGCGCUGCCGCGAGACACCGAGACCGAGAGGAAGUAUAUAGUGCAGGAGGCGCACGCGCUGUUUAGGCAAAACCAGAAGCUGACUGACCAAGCAACAAUCAAAAAAUGCAUAGCUGAAUGUGAAGCAAGAAUAGAAAUGGGAAUGCAUUACAGGAAUCCAUACCCAAGACCAGUGUAUCUUCCUCCAAUGGGUCUGGCCACUCAGAAGGGCAGGAAACUACGAGCCCAGCAGAGUCUGAGGAAGCAAGCCAAGCCUUUGUAUUUACAGUCACAUGAGGAGACAUAACACACGCACACACCUGUCAUUGUCCAACAGAAGAAUGCACAUUUAAAAAGUCCUAAAUUAUUAGGAAUGUGAAAUAUUUAGAAAUAAAACACUUUAAAUCUCUUCAUAAUUAAACUUGCAUCAUAACGCUGGACAAUGACCAGUGUUUUUGUUAAUGGAAUAAAUCUGUAUAUAUUCCCUUGAAUGUAAAUUUAUUUAUAUACCCAUGUAAUAAACAGAUAAAUGAUAUAUA